ACAGUUACAUUUGGCAGUCAGGCACGUUGGAGCGCUCAGACCCGGAAUUAGUGGAUUUAUUUGGAAUAUCCCUGCUUUCCUGGAGACGUGCUGCUGCCGCUGGCUUGUGCAAAGGGAGAAAUUAAUAACUGCACUUUAGCAUGCAGGCACAGAAACCCGAGAAGCCAAGUAACCAGCAUCUCCUCCAGCAUCGGUAGCCUCAAAAAGCAUGAAAAGAAAAUCUGGAGAAUCCUGCCUGUUCAGAGGGACUGGGUAAUGGUUUUUUACCUCACCCUUUCAAACCGUGUGUGAAGUGGCUGUCAGCAAGCGGUUUCCCUGGUCCUUUAAAGAGAACCUUUAAUGAUUGGAAAACUCAAAGGAUCACGUUUUUAUAAUCUAAGCUAUUUUUACGUUGACUGUGCUGUAAACACAUGGAGGAGCUGUAAGUAAAUGUUCUGUACUGCAUGAUGAAUUGGAUUGCUUCAGUCUGGAGGAAAGCAAAAUAAUAAUUUCAUUUCUGUGGUGAUUUGCGUAGCUUGUGGUACAAUGCCAGAAAGACUAACGGAAAUGCUUAUGGAUACAUGGACUCCAUUAGUAAUAUUAUGGAUUACUGUCCUUCCUUCCAUUUAUAUGGCUCCAAUGAAUCAGUCUCAAGUACUACCAACUGGAUCCAGUUCAGGACUAAAAAGGCUAACUGAAGAGCAAAGAGUUUUGAACCGUUCCAAGAGAGGCUGGGUUUGGAAUCAAAUGUUUGUAUUAGAAGAAUUUUCUGGACCUGAACCAAUACUAGUUGGCCGGUUACACACAGAUCUGGAUCCUGGCAGUAGCAAAAUCAAGUAUAUUCUGUCAGGAGACGGAGCUGGAACAAUCUUUGUGAUCAAUGACAAGACUGGAGACAUUCAUGCAAUGAAAAGGCUUGACCGUGAGGAAAAAGCUGAAUACACUCUAACAGCUCAAGCAGUUGACAGGGACACAAACAAACCUCUGGAGCCUCCUUCAGAAUUCAUUAUUAAGGUUCAAGACAUCAAUGACAAUGCCCCAGAGUUUGUUGAUGGUCCAUAUCAUGCUACAGUUCCAGAAAUGUCUGUUGUAGGCACCUUUGUUACUAAGGUAACAGCUACAGAUGCAGAUGAUCCAGUUUAUGGAAAUAGUGCCAAGUUGGUUUAUAGCAUUCUGGAAGGACAACCUUACUUCUCCAUUGAGCCACAUACAGCUAUAAUUAAAACAGCUCUUCCCAACAUGGACAGAGAAGCCAAAGAAGAAUACUUUGUGGUCAUCCAAGCAAAGGACAUGGGAGGACAUAUGGGUGGACUCUCUGGAACUACAACAGUGACAAUUACACUCACUGAUGUUAACGACAAUCCUCCUAAGUUUGCACAGAGUCUUUAUCACUUCUCAGUAAUGGAAGAUGUUGCUCUUGGUGAACCAAUAGGAAGGGUGAAGGCAAAUGACCUCGAUAUUGGAGAAAAUGCUAAAUCAUCCUAUGAAAUUAUUGAAGGAGAUGGAAUGGAUAUAUUUGAAAUUACUACAGAUGCCCAAACUCAGGACGGCAUCAUUAGAGUGAGAAAGCCACUGGACUUUGAGACCAAAAAAUCCUAUACACUAAAGGUAGAAGCAGCCAAUAUUCAUAUUGAUCCUCGCUUCAUCAGUGGAGGACCAUUCAAGGAUACAGCAACAGUAAAAAUUGUGGUAGAGGAUGCUGAUGAGCCACCAGUCUUUUCAUCACCUACUUACCUACUGGAAGUGCAUGAAAAUGCUGCUAUUAACUCUGUGAUUGGUCAGGUGACUGCCCAUGACCCUGACGUGUCUUCCAGUCCCAUCAGGUUUUCCAUUGAUCGGCACACUGACCUUGACAGACAGUUCAACAUCAAUGCAGAUGAUGGGAAAAUAACUUUGGCAACACCACUGGACAGAGAAACAAAUAUGUGGCACAACAUAACUAUUGUGGCUACUGAAACGAGGAACCACAGUCAAGUGUCCCGGCUGCCUGUUGCUAUCAAAGUUCUUGAUGUAAAUGACAACGCUCCUGAGUUUGCAUCAGAGCACGAAGCCUUUUUAUGUGAGAAUGGGAAGCCUGGCCAAAUAAUUCAGAUUGUCAGUGCUGUUGACAAAGAUGAUCCUAAAAAUGGGCAUUAUUUCCUGUACAGUCUUCUUCCUGAAAUGGUCAACAAUCCAAAUUUCACCAUCAAGAAAAAUGAAGAUAAUACUCUCAGCAUAUUGGCAAAGCACAGUGGAUUCAGCCGGCAGAAGCAAGAAGUUUAUCUACUGCCAAUCAUCAUUAGUGACAGUGGGAAUCCUCCCAUGAGCAGCACCAGCACUCUCACCAUUCGGGUCUGUGGCUGCAGCAGUGAUGGGAUUGUCCAGUCCUGUAACGUUGAAGCAUACGUCCUGCCCAUUGGACUCAGCAUGGGAGCCCUGAUUGCAAUAUUAGCCUGCAUCAUUUUGCUGCUAGUCAUUGUUGUGUUGUUUGUAACACUAAGAAGACACAAGAAUGAACCUCUAAUCAUCAAAGAUGAUGAAGAUGUGAGGGAAAAUAUAAUACGCUAUGAUGAUGAAGGAGGUGGAGAAGAAGAUACAGAAGCUUUUGACAUUGCAACUCUGCAAAAUCCAGAUGGAAUUAAUGGAUUUUUGCCUCGUAAGGAUAUUAAACCUGAUCUUCAAUUUAUGCCCAGGCAGGGUCUUGCACCUGUUCCUAAUGGUGUUGAUGUUGAUGAAUUUAUUAAUGUAAGGCUCCAUGAAGCCGAUAACGAUCCCACAGCUCCUCCAUAUGACUCUAUCCAGAUUUAUGGCUAUGAAGGAAGAGGGUCAGCAGCUGGUUCCCUUAGCUCAUUGGAGUCCUCUACAUCAGACUCAGAUCAGAAUUUUGACUACCUCAGUGAAUGGGGUCCUCGCUUUAAAAGACUUGGAGACCUUUACUCCGUAGGAGAAAGCGACAAAGAAACUUGACAGCGGAUUACAAACUUUUUCACUGUUGACUUCAUGGUCAUGUAAUAUUCUAGGGCCACUGCUGUUAGUUAAAACUAAUGUGGCUUUUUGUUUUAGAGGCAAGUUUAGCGCCAGUCAUCUAUAAAAACAACUACAUUGUAAUGUUGAACCAAAAAAAAAAAAAAAAGUAUAUGUUAGGAGGUUAAGUCUUGUGGAGUGUGAAGUAAAGUAUGUGGAGUGUCUAGAAGUCUUUGGAUAUUUGAUAUUCACUUGACCACUCUGAAGAUGGAGAUUUGGAUCUUUGAUUAUCUUCAGUGAAUUGAAAAGAACAAAAAGAAAUUGGUGCUUUCUUAGAAAAUGGACUUGCAGGGAUUUUGCUGUUGAACAGUAGGUCCUGCUAGUAUGCGUAAAGCUAAUGGUUUGUUUCUGCAUUGCCAACAAAGAUCCUGCCACAGAAAUGUUAAAAGCAAUAUCUUGGUCUUCUUAGCAAUGCUGAAUAGAAAUAGCAUUGUAAAUUCCUACUGGCUUCUGCUGUGUAGUGACCAUACAUUGUACAUACAGUAAUUGUUGGCCACGUAACCACAGACUGAAUAUCAUCUUUUAAAAUUGUGUCAAGCCUUAAAAUAUUCACAUGUUCUUAAUCCAUUCCAGUGAUGGGUAAUAAAUCCUACUAUUGUGCAGAGAUUCAGAGUCAGGGCUACAAAAACUUGCUUUACAAAAGUUUCUUUUUCUAGAAGAAGAAUCAAUCCUGUGCUUCGUCUUCUGAAAGG